AUGUCAACAAAAGUCUGCGAAGAGGAAUUGUCCUCGCAUCUGGACGAGUGUGACAUCCCGGACGACUUCAUCGAUGAUGAUGCGGACAAGCUGGGGUACUUCCCGGGGAAAACGGUCACGCUGCAAAUGCUGCUCGGAGCGAACGUUCUGCAACCCGGCAGGAGUGCAAUGACCAUCGAAUACCUGGGACAAAAGUUUGUCGGAGAUCUGAUGUCGGAUGGGAAGAUCAAAUCGCAGGAAACGGAGACCAUUUUCUGCUCUCCCAGCGCUUGGGCCAUCUACUGCAAGCGCAUCAUCAACCCGGACAAGAAGUCGGGCUGUGGGUGGGCAUCGGUGAAGUACAAGGGCCGCAAGUUGGACGCGUACAAGGCAGCCUACUACCGGAAGCAACAGCAGAAGGAACGCGACCAGAAAGACGACAUCCCGUGUGAAGAUCCGGUGGAAGAGACGGAGGAGGACAAAACGGCGAUGGAACCACCACCAGUGCGGCGGAACAUCGUAUCGCACAACACCAUCAGCAAUCGCAAUAUCAUGCACGACUCAAACACACUCAUCGAAACGGUGCCAUUUACGGCGAUCGGUAAGAUGCAACCAUUCCUCGUGACCGUCAGCACCUCGACACUACUGGUGAUGGACUUUCACUGCCAUCUGACCAACUACGAGGUGUGCGGGUAUCUCGGUGGUACCUGGGACAUCAACGCGCACAACCUCUCCAUCACGCAUGCAUUCCCGUGUCGGAACACGCGGCACGAUCGCGACAAAGCGGCUCUGUGCGAGCUUCAGAUCCAGAAGCUGAUGAUCAAGAAGAAUAUCAAUCUGGUCGGAUGGUACCACUCACAUCCCCGGUUCCCGGUGCAACCGACGUUGCGGGACUGUGACGCCCAACUGGACUAUCAGAUCCGUAUGCGCGGCCCGACGGAGGCCUCCUACAUUCCCUGCAUCGGUUUCAUCUGCUCUCCCUACGAUGAUCACAACAGCGCGCUGGAAUCAAAUGUGAUGUCGUUUUGGGUGAUGCCACCGCCGGAGAACCGCCCGUCGGAGUACGGCCGCCCGAUGCUGAUGUCGUACACGCUCGUGCAGGACGAAACGCUCUCGGAGGACGUGAAGGAAGAGAUGAUGCUGACGGUCGAUUACUACAAGCAGUUUAAGCGCGAGUUGAUCAACUUCCAAUCGAUGUACGCCGGCGACGUGCCGUACAUCGAGAAGUUACGCAAAUCGCUCACACCGCGCUUCCCACGAGAUUCCACGUCCGGUCACUUCUGGAACUGGGUCCGGGAGCUACUCGGACUCGAGCCGGAAGAACUGCCGGAGGUCGUGGUCAUACCGGAUCCACCACCACCAGCACAAUCGCAACUGACCGGCAUCGGAACCGACCACCAACCGUCAAUGGAUGGUUCUGGGUCGAUGAAGAUCAACGACGACGUGACGAUUGUGUCCGCGAGCCAACCACCGGUCGGUCAAUCGCUGCCGGUUGUGGUAAACCUGGAGGAAGGAAGCGUCACGACGGAAGCGAAGAAUGAGGACGACUUUGACGGUGCCUCUGAGAUGGGCGACUCAGACGUGAUCUCCCUGAAGGAUGACGAUGGCAAACCGGCCGCUCCGUCGAUCGCCGUGCCAAGUCUGCAAGCCCAGCUGAAACGCCCAUCAGGCCUCAACAUGACACCAUCGCCGUUGUCCAGCUCCCUCGUGGUGUUACCGACGAAUCUCAGCCAAACGGCGAAUAACGGUGGUGCGCCAUCGGCGGUUCCAACCGCUACCAAUCUCUCCAUGAACAGUGCUCCCGGUAGUGGCACGGGAAUGGCCAACAACCAUCAUCACCAGCAACAUCACACCCAGCAGCAGCAGCAGCAGCAACAGCAACAGCAGGGAGGCAUGGGCUUACCUCUCGGAACAGCAAACUCAUUGGUCACGACGACGAACACGAAUACGUCCUCGCCACGUGACAGUCCAAUCACGAUUCCCUCGAACUCGGCCAGUCCGGCGAAGUUCGAAAUGCCCGUCCGAGCCAGCCCAUCGCCGGCCAAAUCGGACACAUCGUCCUGUCGCAGUCGCACGCGCAACUCUCCAGCUCCCAGUCCCGGCAAGCUGUCGAUCGGAGACAUCCUUGGUAGUGCGGCGGGUGUCGGCGGGAACCGAGGCAGUCCCACGCUUAGCUCACUCAUUGGCCCCGGUGGUGGUGGUGGUGCGGGAGGUGGCGUUGGUGCUGGUGCCGGUAACAUCCACGAUCUGUACGCGGCCACAUUCGCGUCGCUCGGCAGUGCGUUGCCUUCGAAUCUGCUCUCACAGGAUUACGCCGCCCUGUUCGGUGGCCAAGGAGCGAGUGGGCAAGCUGGUGGUGCGGGGAAACAACAACAACGCGGAGACGAGUAUGGUCUGUCGGCUUUAACGGCUCUAGCACAGGUGGCCGCCGCAUCCGGAUUGUCUAAUUCGCAGAUCAACGAAACGCUGCUGCACAGCCUCAACCGCAGCAUGUCGUCGAAGGCGGCCGGAGGUGGUGGUUCUUCGUCCGGUGGUGGUGGAGGAGGCAGUGGACAGGCGGCAUCCACUGUAACAGGUUCAUCGGCAGGUGGUAGCGGUUCAUCGAUGGUAUCCGGAGCAGGAUCAAGUUCGGCCGCGGGUCUUCCACCGAUCCCGAACAUGAAAGAGUUCAUGCAACAGCUCGAGAAGGGUAAUCUCAGUCUGCUGAUGCAGUCGCAAUAUGGCAAUCCGCUGGUGGGAAUGGCAGGAUUGACCUCAGGCCAAGGCACACCUGGAACCGGCGGAACGGGCAGCGGUGGUGGUUCUGGUGGCACUGGAGGCGGCGGAAAAUCAGGCCGUUCCGGUGGUAAAUCAUCCCGAUCGAAGGCAAAUCAGCUGCAGCAACAACAACAGGCAGCAGCAGCAGCGGCAGCAGCCGUGGCAGCUCAGCAACAGCUCCAGCAAGCCCAACAAGCGCUCCUCCAGCACCAAUCGAUGAUGGAGUAUGCCGAUUUCUCGUCCAAGUUCGAUCAAGGCAAGCUGGCUGACCUGAUGAAGUCACCCGAGUACUCGCAGAUGUUGCUCCAGCAAGCGCAAGCCCUCGGAAGCCUUGGCAGCGAAAUCUCGAUCAUCAAAAAGCCGUCCUCUUCGGGCUCUUCGAAGGGUGGUGGUUCCAACGUGAAGGAUUCACACUCCCAGGCCGGCCAGCUGACGGGCAGUGGACAAUCAGGUGGAAGCGGUGGUGGAGGAUCAUCUGGCAACUCGGCGUCGUCAGCCGCCUCCAAAAAGGAAGCGGCCAGCGAGCUGAUCUCGAAGCUACGCACCGUAUUUUCAACCGACGCGUAUUUACCGCCCGUUCCGACAACGGCCGACAUUAACCUGCUGGUGGAGCAAUCGCAGAAGUACCCGGUCGUGCAGCAGAUCCUCAAUUCGGGCAACGUGGACGACAUCCAGGUGUUGCUGAAAGCGCAAUCUCUCUCUAACAACUCGCUCGAUUUUGCAGCCUUCCUUGGACAUACGGGAACCGGCGGUUCAAGUUCUUCCGGUGGCGGUGCCAAUGGAACAGGAGGAGGUCUCAAUCUUGGCGGACUCGGUGGCUCGGAUGGUGGACAAACGGUGUCUUCGAGCAAAUCGUCAUCCUCGGGUGGAAAGGGUGGAUCGAAGGGCGAUAGUAGUGACAUGGCCGCAGCGGCAGCAGCAGCAGCAGCCGCCAUGAAUCCGUAUCUCGCCGUCCCCAACCUGUCGGCGUUGUUUGAACCGAUUCAGCGCAUGAGCGGUGGCGGAUCGGUUGGUUCCGGUGGCAGUAAAUCGGGCGGUAAAGGUGACAAAGCAUCGAAGGCGGCUGCAGCAGCAGCGGCGGCAGCAGCGGCCGCAGCCAUCAGCAGCAGCUCUAUGACCAACCCAGCGGAUAUGUUGAACAGUUUGUUCACGUCGGCUGCCGGUGGAGGAGCUCCCAGUGCCGCGGAUAUGAACGCCCUUCUGUACAGCCAGGCGGCGGCAGCGGCUGCAGCAGCUGGUGGAAAGGGUAGUGCGGCGGAUCUAAAUCUUCUGUUCGGUGGCGGUGCUGCUGGAGGACUUGCGGUCAACUCUUCGAACUCAGCUGCCUCUUCACCGGGAUCGGGCGGACAAGGAUCGGCAGGAGGACAAGGGAGCGGAGCGAAUGGUGGAGGUGCGGGUGGAAAGACGAGCUCAGCAGCGGCCGCCGCAGCCGCUGCCGCCGCCGGACUCGACUAUCUGUCGAUGUUCCCGAAUUUCUCAGCAGCCGCCUCAAAACUGCCCGAUAUGUCGGCUCUCUUCGCGCAGGACAAAUACGAAAUCCCUGACCCACUGUCGAAGGCCACGCUUGAGGCCAACAACAUGUAUCUGGCCCCGUCCGCGUCCCUGCUCAAGCUACACCAGGAAGCGUUCAAUUCGAUGCUGAUGAAACCACCCAAAUCGUCCUCUUCCUCGACGGCAUCCUCGGGCACGGGCAAAAUCGAAACGCCGCCACCACCACCGCCUCCAUCCGGUGCGUCGCUCGUGUCCUCACCCGGUGCCCGUUCCACACCGACAAAAUCGGUCAGUAGCCGUGAAAGUCCAUCGCUCGGUGUCGGUGGUGGUGGAGGAACCGGUUCCAAUUCCUCCAAGUACAACUUCUCCGCGGUAGAUCUGGCCGUUUCGAGUGUGGUACCGUUAGCUGCCAGCUCGCCGAUAUCGUCCGGUGCCUCGGCCGCUGAUUUAUCACGGAAAUCCACCUCCCAGACGCCACCCGUCGAUAUGUCGCGCUCUUCACCGGCCAUGCCGGGUACGGGUGGAAAUGGUGGACCAACCGGAACGACACCACCGGGUAGUGGCGCGAGCAGCAUGAUCCUUCCACCGUACAAGAAGCGCAUGGAGUUUGCAUCGAUCGCUGAUCUCGUGGCGGCACCACCGUCGAAGAUACCGAAGAUGUCGACGGAAAAUCUGGACCCUUGAGCGUGCGUCGGAUCUCGUUGCGAUGGGAGCGCGUGCUGGAAGCAAACGCCACGUGGCGCUAUUUAUUAACACGAGCCUCGUGCGAGCGCGCGUAUCAUGAAUCACCAUUUUGUGUAAGAAUCAUUCACCCAGGGGCAGGAAAAGAGGGCCUGCUGGUGGCCAUGCUUCCCUAAGCGAGUGCAGAGUAGACUUAAUACCGGAAUCUCAGAGAAGAGUGAAUAAUAGCUAGCACAGGAUCGACGGGCAGGGUCUUCCAUGCGUGGGGAAACCAGUGGCAAGCGCGGAAGGCAGGACAUAUGAAAGGGGAACGGAAUGAUUUAGAUAUAUAUAUACAUGCGCAUAUAUAUAUUUUUAGUACACUCUAGCGAUAAUCGAAACGCCAGGUAGAAGAAAAAUGUAUCCAUAGCGGAGAAGCAAGUAGCCAGUAUGGAAGGAGUAAGGAGAAUCGGCAAGAGAAAGAGAAGACGAAGUAGGGAAGCGUUAAAAAACGGUGGAUCCCAACGUACGUUAAUGCCCCUCCAAGGGGAAUCCCCGGUUCGGUGACGCACAUUUUAUUUUUAUUUAAAUAUAAGCACGCCGUUCGAAUGUGGCUUUGCGUCGGGAUCCGGCAUGUGCGAUCCCUCGCAACUGCGAGUGGCUACGGAGAGACCAGGGUCUCGACCCGCCGGCAGUUGCAGCCAUACUGACCGGUUAAGCCAUCGCGAACGCGCGACAAAACAAGUAUUAGAGAAUAACAAUAAAUACCUUCAUAGUAUUUUAU